AUGACGGACGGAAGUAAAGAAAAGGGCCAAUCGCCUGUUGAAGAAAUGGAAGAAGAUGUUGAAAUUCAAGAAGAAAUCUUAAGAAUGACUACUGAUGAUCUUAAAAGUAGAACUCAACUUUUAGAUAAUGAAAUAAGAAUUAUGAAAAGUGAAGUUCAACGUAUCAAUCAUAGUUUUGUUACAAUGAAAGACAGAGUUAAAGAAAAUAAUGAAAGAAUCAAAGUUAAUAAAACAUUACCUUAUCUUGUAUCUAAUGUUGUAGAAUUAUUGGAAUUGAAAGAUAAUCAAGAAGAGGAUGGUGGUAAUGUUGAUACAGAUGCCGAAAAAACUCAAUGCGCAGUUAUUAAAACUUCAACAAGAGCAACUUAUUUUCUUCCAGUUGUUGGAUUAAUUGAGCCUUCUGAAUUGAAACCUGGUGAUUUAGUUGGUGUUAAUAAAGAUUCUUAUUUGGCACUAGAAAAGUUACCUGCUGAAUAUGAUUCAAGAGUUAAAGCUAUGGAAGUUGAUGAAAGACCUACUGAACAAUAUUCAGAUGUAGGUGGUUGUGAUAAACAAAUACAAGAAUUAAUUGAAGCUGUUGUACUUCCAAUGACACAUCGUGAAAGAUUUAUUAAUCUUGGAAUUUUACCACCAAAGGGUGUUCUUAUGUAUGGACCUCCUGGUACAGGUAAAACUAUGCUCGCCAGGGCUGUUGCUGCACAAACAAAAUCAACAUUUUUAAAAUUAGCAGGACCUCAACUUGUGCAAAUGUUUAUUGGUGAUGGAGCGAAAUUAGUUAGAGAUGCAUUUGCUCUGGCAAAAGAAAAAGCUCCAGCUAUUAUUUUUAUUGAUGAAUUAGAUGCUAUUGGUACAAAACGUUUUGAUUCUGAAAAAGCAGGAGAUCGUGAGGUUCAAAGAACUAUGUUGGAAUUACUUAAUCAACUUGAUGGUUUCCAACCAAAUGACGAAAUUAAAGUUAUUGCUGCAACAAAUAGAGUUGAUGUUUUGGAUCCUGCUCUUCUUCGUUCUGGUCGUUUGGAUAGAAAAAUUGAAAUGCCUCAUCCAAAUGAAGAGGCACGUGCUCGAAUUAUGCAAAUUCAUUCAAGGAAGAUGAACGUACAUAAAGAUGUGAAUUUUGAAGAGUUGUCGAGAUGUACAGAAGAUUUUAAUGGUGCUCAAUGUAAAGCUGUAUGUAUUGAAGCUGGUAUGAUUGCUCUUAGAAGAAAUGCAUCAGAAAUUCUUCAUGAAGAUUUUAUGGAUGCAAUUCUUGAAGUUCAAGCAAAGAAGAAGAACAUUCUAAAUUAUUAUGCUUAA